GACAUGCUCAGUCUGCUGUCGUCUCCAGUGUGUGUCAUGGUCCAGGUCCGUUCAGGUGGUUCUGCUUGUGUGUGCUGGUUCUGGAUCCUCCUAAACUGUCUGAGUUUAGUUUUCUUCUGUCCUGUUGGAGGUCAGAUCCAGGUCCUCGGUCCACUUGAGCCAGUGGUAGCUGCUCCAGGGGACGACAUUACCCUGAAGUGCCUUGUGGAUCCUAAAUUUGACAUCGGGGGUAAGACGGUGGAGUGGUCCAAGCUGGACCUGCAGGUGAACCCGGCGGACCCGUCCUACGUGUACCUGUACCGAAACCGACGUGAAGACGUGCUCCUGAUGUUCCCGUCGUAUGUUGGAAGAACAAAGCUCUCCACUGAAGCUCUCAAAGAUGGGAACAUACUGCUCCUGAUCAAGAAUGUCACACUGUCCGAUAAUGGACAAUACAGAUGUUUCAUCCCAGACUUAAAGAGCAGCUCCCGACAUUCUACUGUGACGCUGGUUGUUGAUCCAAACUAUGUUCAAAUGACCACAACAGAGAUGCCACUGGAACCGAGCAGUCUCCAAACUGUAGAGCCGAUCACAGACGCAGAAAGAAAAGGUCAACGCCAUCAUCUGAUACCUAUCGUCGUGCUUGUUAUUUUACUAACCCUGGUGUUCGGUGUUGGACUGCUUGGAUAUUUAUUUCUAAAAAUCAAACACCAGACUUGCCAUCCCAUGGCACAAAUCCAAGCCUAGGUGCCCUGCCUGAACCUGACUUUGCCAGUUGAUGUUAAGAGACUGAAGAGUUGAACUAGCAACCUCUCCAUCUGUAGGCGGACUGUGGUGGAUCAGUAGACUGCAGCAGAAAUACAUCUCACCUUUCUGUUCCUGGCUGCGUCCACCACCACAGGUCUGCAGAGUCCCAAACAGAAACAGACUCCUUCUGAAGUCCACCUGGAUCUAAACUGAAUUCUCCUUCAACUUGUUUUGACUUCAAGUCUGGAGUAGGAACAGUGCCAGACCCUGCAGGGAUCGGCCAACGACUGCAUUGAACAUUAGCCUUUGGUUUUUCAGGUGUUACGCCCGGCCUAGGGGUUUACCAGGCCGAACAUAAUAGGCUCAACUUUGUCCCCUCCCAGCUCCCAAGCACACACGUCAGUCAAAACUAAAAGUUCACAAUAUUUAUUAUCAGUAUUUUGU